AUGUCUGCAAUCGCCGAUAUGGGUAUAUUAUAUUCCAUCGCGAACGGCUUCUCGCUGGGGCUUUUCGACAAAGUGCGCAAGAUGCUCGUUUCGGACAACGCUGAAGUUGAGAUUUUGAGUUUCUCUGACUUUGAGCAGGAGAGCCCUCAAAGAACAAGACUGUGCCCCGUGAUGCGAAUGGGCGCCGUGCAACGAUCGCGCACUAAAGCCUUUUCGGCCAUGAAUACGGGUAUCGACCUGCCGGAAAGUGGACGAUCGUCGCCAGUCGACUGCAGCAGCAUAGCAGAUGUGCAACGCUAUCAUCCUAGGCGAUCGAGCUCUUCCGUGCAGGGCAUAACGCUCCCGGAGCUAUCUAGGACGGUCUCUGAUAUCUCCAACCAGUCCAGCCGCGCUGACACUUCUGAGUCCAUUGCUGCCUUUCGGAUCGUGUUUGACGACCAUAUUAUGCCAGGAACGGUGGCACGCUAA